CCAGUCCUACUUGGAGGCUUUCGGAAAUUUGGAUUCCACCGGUGGGACCUGGAGGUUGAAAUUCACCCUCUUUACGGGUUCGACCUCAUCCUGUUUUGUUUUUCGAUUCUCAAAAAGCCAUCGGAAAUUUGGAAUCAUACCCUCCGUCUUCAAUUCCGCCAUUGGAGUUUUUAUUUUCUCGCUUACCCUACCAUUUCGUUUGACCAUCGUUGCAGAAUCUUGUAUUCUUCAUGGGUAAGGGAGGGGGUUGUGUCCCGAGCAAGAAGAAGGUGCCUUCGUCUAUUGCUGCCGAGGCCACAGAUGAUGCAAGGGCUCAUGAUGGCGAAAGAAGUGCCCCGAUCCCUAUUGAAGAAGAUCAACCACCGAUUGGUUCAUCCGGCAAUGCAACUUCUGAGGUCUCCGUCUCGGUAUCGCAUCCAGUUGAGAAAUUGAAGAUAUUCAUAGUGUUUUACUCCAUGUACGGUCAUGUCGAAAGCUUGGCGAAGAGGAUGAAGAAGGGGGUUGAUGGGGUGGAUGGGUUUGAGGGGAUUUUGUAUCGGGUGCCGGAGACCUUGCCGGCGGAGGUUCUGAACCAGAUGAAAGCGCCGCCCAAGGACCCGUCCAUUCCGGAGAUUUCAGCCGCUGAAUUGGUGGCUGCGGAUGGCAUUUUGUUUGGUUUUCCUACCAGGUUUGGGUGUAUGGCAGCGCAAAUGAAGGCGUUCUUUGAUUCGACGGGGCAGCUCUGGAAGGAGCAGAAGCUUGCAGGGAAGCCUGGCGGGUUCUUUGUUAGCACAGGGACUCAAGGGGGCGGCCAAGAAACAACUGCGUGGACUGCAAUUACCCAGUUAGCACACCAUGGAAUGCUGUUUGUUCCCAUAGGCUACACUUUUGGUGCUGGAAUGUUCAAGAUAGACACAAUACGAGGGGGGUCUCCUUAUGGUGCAGGAGUUUUUGCUGGUGAUGGCUCAAGACAGCCAAGCGAAACAGAGUUGGCGCUUGCAGAGCAUCAGGGCAAAUACAUGGCUGCCACAGUCAAGAAGCUUUUCCAGGCUUGAUAAAAUGUCUUGUUUUUCUGUUCAAAAAAAUGAAUUCAUUCAGAUUUCAGCACUCGAUCCUCAUUUAUGAUUGUUUCUUCCCUUUCCUGUCUCCAAUCAAAGUAUAGUGUUCUUGUGUUUGUAUGGGCAUUUUUUCUACGUUACAUGAUUGUGCAAAACAUACAAUGCCCUGUGCGGGAUUGUUUUUCUAUCGUCUUUCUGUACAUGGUUUAUGAUUCAUGGAUAUGGUGUUUGUUAAAUAAUAUUGUGAAUGUGGAAAUUUUCUUAUUAAA